ACUCUUCCACCAGCCGAUCCUUCCAAAAUUUAGAACCCACCGCAAAACCAUCGCUUGAUUUUGUCGUUUAUUACCCGCAGAUCUGCAAAUCCCUGCUUCCUUCUAAAUUCUCAAAACCCUACAGUUCGCGCAGAUCCAUCGCCGAUCGUUCUUGUUUCAUCGUGCAUUGUUGGAAUUCUUCGUCUUUGUAGCAAAUCCAGCUAUGGAUUUCAUGAAGGUCCUCGAUCAAACUGUCCGCGAAAUCAAGCGGGAGGUGAAUCUGAAAGUGUUGAAGGUCCCUGAGAUCGAGCAGAAGGUCUUGGAUGCAACAGAUAAUGAACCUUGGGGUCCUCAUGGUUCUGCAUUAGCAGAAAUUGCACAAGCCACAAAAAAAUUCACUGAAUGUCAGAUGGUUAUGAAUGUUCUAUGGACAAGAUUGGGUGAAACUGGUAGAGAUUGGCGUCUUGUGUAUAAAGCAUUGGCUGUUAUAGAGUACUUGAUAGCAAAUGGAUCUGAACGUGCAGUUGAUGAGAUUAUAGAACACACUUUUCAGAUCUCAUCUCUCACCAGUUUUGAACAUGCUGAGCCAAGUGGGAAGGAUCUAGGAAUCAAUGUGAGGAAGAAGGCAGAAACCAUUGUGUCCCUUUUAAAUAAUAAGGAUAAAAUACAAGAAGUCAGAAAUAAAGCUGCUGCAAACCGUGACAAGUACUUUGGACUCUCAUCUUCUGGAGUCACAUAUAAGUCAGGUUCAGCUUCAUAUGGCAGCCACAACUUUGGUAGCAGCAGCUUUCAGAGUAGUGAUAGGUAUGGAGGUCUAAGGGGUGCAAAAGAAGGUGAUAUGUUCAAGGAUAGUUAUAAAGACACCAAUCAAUUUGGAGAGGAAAAAAUUGACAGGCAUACUUCUGCCAAGUCUUAUCGAGAGGCUGCCAUUGAGAAUCAAGGGAUGUCAAGGAAGGGAUCCACACGCUACAGCAGCAAGGAUCAAGAUUCUUUGUCUUCCGUUGCCUCAAAGCCAUCAGUGAUGAUAAAUGAGGCUGAUAAGUACAGUUCAGUUCCCUCCCAAAGCUCAAAUGUGCCUGCAAAUAAUUAUGAGGAUGAUUUUGAUGAUUUUGAUCCUCGGGGAACUUCCAGUACCAAGUCUAUUGCUGGAAGCAUUAACCAAGUGGAUCUGUUUGGACAAAGUUUGGUUAGUGACCUCAUGGAUGCACCGGCACCAGGAUCGUCACCAUCACCAGCCCCCUCAGAAGCAUCAGCUAUGAAUAGCAAUUCGUUAGAUGUUGAUCUGUUUGCAGAUGCAACUUUCGUGUCAGCAUCACCUUCUGCAGAAGCUGUGGCGCAGGCAAGCUCUGACACUCAGCUAAAUAUGAUGGAGUCAGUUGUAGUUAGAAGCGCAAUGCUCAAAGGGUGCAUAGAACCUAGGCGCAAGGUGUGUGGUGAAGGCAGGGCAGGAAGGCAGGCACCUCACCAAGAUGAGACAAAAGUUGAUCUAUUUGCAUCCCAACCUGCUUCCUCAUCUCCAGCUUCUGUAACAAUUGACUUCUUUGCUCCCCCUGUUCCAGUUGCACACCCCGAAACCAAGUCACCCAAUUCUGAUCCAAAAAACACCAAUACAGUUGAUCCAUUUGCUGCAGUUCCGUUAAACAGUUUUGAUGGGUCUGACCUUUUUGGUGCAUUCACUUCUCAUGCUGAUUCAGUAACUGGAGAACCCACAGAAAAACCCAUUAAUAAUGGCAGCCUCAAGAACUUGAAUGGAACUUCUUCAGCAGAAUUAAAGCCUUCAAACAAGAAGGAUACUUUCCAGGUGAAAUCUGGAAUUUGGGCAGAUUCGCUAAGCCGUGGACUGAUUGAUCUGAAUAUAUCUGCCCCCAAGAAGGUGUCCCUAGCAGAUGUUGGUGUGGUGGGUGGAUUGAGUGAUGGAUCAGAUGAAAGAGAGAAGGUACCUGCCACAAUGUUCAUGGGAAGAGCCAUGGGUGCAGGAUCUGGUCUUGCUGGGUCUCUGUCUGGUCCUGGUAGGUCUGCGUUUCCAUCAACAGCAACUGGAGGAGAUGAUAUCUUUUCUAACUUCAGCAGCCAACAAAAUUCAUUUAGUGGCUUGAAAAAAUAACCUUCCCCAACCCCUUAUUUUCCCAUCCAGGUCUAUCCUGGUAUUCUUUAUUUGCAUACUCAACAGAAAAUAUUUGAAGUCAAGAAUGUCGGUGGAUUUUUUCUAUUUUCCUUUUUCAUGUAUACAUCAAAACAAUGUGGCGACCUGAUGAGUGGGUAUAAUUGUGAGAUUUCAAUAUGUACAUGAUUGAUGCGAGUCAACUUUUAUCCGAUAUGUUGGUGAUGACGAAUCUGUAACCA